ACCAUCGUUUCCACGUCUUCGUCGAAGUCGCUCCGCGGUUAUUUUUCUCUUUGUUCUUCUUCCCGGCGGGACGAUCUACCGUCAUUCUUUGUCCUCCUUUUCCAUCUUCACCGCACUGCGUUUCCGUUUGCGUCGGUUCUCUUCUUUCUCUCUCCCUUCCUUUCUUCCCCAUUCCCGGUUUCGUCAUCUUCUUUUUCCACCCUUUUCUUCUUCCUCUCUUUCUUCCCAUUCCUCGUUCGCCAACCGAAUCUCCCCGGCGCUCUUUCUCUUUUCGCCGCCAGUCACACUCGAAACGCACAAGCGCCGGCUAUCGUUUCUCUCCCUCCUGUUCGCUCCCACUCUCUCUUUCUCUCUUUGUCGGUUGGCUGGCGUUCGGCGUGUUUAACCUCCCGCCGUCCCACAAGCACCCCCUCUACUGUACCAGCCGACACCGACGGGCUUCUGUCUCCGUUGGGAACGCGACGGGCCAUUCGUUCCGUCUCGUUCGCUCGGCUCCUCUCGUGCUCCGUGUGCGCGCACUGCCGCGCCGUUCCCGGUUCCCUCUUUCUCGCUCCCGAGUAGCUCCGGUGUGUGUACCACCGCUGUCACCUGAUCGCGGGACGCUUUUCGCGGGUGAGAUACCGCUCGGCCACCGAGUCAACCGAGUCUGCCGCCACCGUCGCUCGGUUUUCCUCAUCCCGCGCCCGCCCACCCGGCCGUCGUCUCCUCUUCCUUCGGCAUCUGCUCCUACUCUCCUCCUUCUUCCUCUUUCUUUCACGAGGCGCGCGCGCGCUCUCCUUUUCCUUUCCGUCUCGCGCGGACACGUCUCGUCGUGCCUGGUCUCUUCCUAUACUCGGCUCUUUGCCGCCGCGCUCGACGUCCAACUUGCGCGCGGCUAGCUGGUGGUUUUCCGCGAGGGAGCGAAACGAAACGAGAAAAGAGAAAAAAAGAAAAACCGAAGAAAAGUCCCUCGGAAGGAAAGGUGGGAAAACCGAAGAGAGAGAGAGAGAGAGAGGGGAGAAAAACCGAGACGUUCUGUUGGUACAGUGAAAGAAAAGAGAAAAAAAAGAGAGAGAGACGAGUAAAAGACAGAAAGGACAGAGAGUGCGAGACGAGAGGCAAAAAGAAAAACAGAGAAAGCCAGACAGACAGACAGAAAGAGAGGGCGAGAGAGAGAGAGAGAAGUGCGCGCCACCGACAUCGUCCAACCGCAACUGGCUUGCCCGAUCUCUCGCCUCUUCUUCCUCCUUUCACGGAUCUUCGCCGGUGCACACGUCUGAAGCCGACCGACUGGAGAGGGAGGUGACACUUUCGGAACGUGGACACGCGGCACGCACGGAUCGUCACGCUCUGGGAUACGUGAGGAUUCAGGAGAACUCCGCUGGCUACCGUGAUCUCGUGCAGAGGCGAGAUCCCUGGGCAACGGGAGAGAGUGUGUGAGAGAGAGAGAGGAACAGCGAGCAGUCAGUCGGCUGGAUUUUCCCGCGGCAACAUCCCGGAAGCGCGACGACAACGACGACUGUGCGCGGGGACCGUCGUCACUCUGUGGACAUCGUGGUGGACAUCGAGAUAUAUAUAUAUAUAUACAUAUAUAUAUACAUAUAUAUAUACAUACAACAGCCAGCGCACGACCAUCGUCACCACUACCAUCAUCGUCGCACAUCGCCGCCCUGUGUGUCACUCCUCCUCGUCUAUAUAUCGUUCCCCUCUUGUGUGUACACACCGUGUGUGCGUCUCCUCUGUCUCUCUGUGUGUCUCUCCGUCCGUCUGUCGGCGCGUGUAUCCCCCGCGUACAAACGAUAAUGCUGGCGGCUGACGGUUUCGGUGAUCGACGACGGCGCGGCCGGUGAACUAGUGACAGUGUGAAAUCGAUCGCGAACAGGGAAACCGGCCAGCGGUCGGUCGCUAAAUACACCCGGGGAAUAAUGGCCAGCGCGACAAUGGGACUCCGUCGCAGAGUACCCGUGAACAAUUCGCCGACCCCGUCCGGCCAAUCCGCGUCCGCAGGCGGCUCGUCCAGCACCAGCGGCAGCAAACGCUCGAGAACUGAGAACAACAACAGCCCGUCCCACGGUAACCUUAACUCAAUGCACCGGGACGAGCCACCAGCGAAGAAGUCGCGCGGCACAUCGACCAACGCGACCAAGAACUCCUCGUCGUCCUCCAAUUCCACAUCCCCGGAGACUAGCCCAUCGUCGAAGAGUCGCGGUGGAUCCGUGUCGAGGUCGAAUGCGCAGAGUGGCAAGACCUCGGCCGCUACCUCGUCCGUCUCCUCCACCACGUCGGACGCGGUGUCCAACAGCGGUGUGCUGGUGUCCAACAACUGGCAGACCUCGUCGAACAUGUCCGACGUGUCAACGUACGCGUCGGUGGCUGGACUGAGCAUGGGCUCGAGCCCAACCGGUGGCCUAUGCGCCGGUAGCCUCAGCAUGACCACGCCGAUUCCGUACAUGUCGUCGUCGAUGGCGACGUUCGUCGGAAACGCGACCAACCUCGGUAAGAGCUCGUCCGUGUCGUACCUGGACAUCUCGAACAUGACCGGUGGCUCGUUGAGCUCGUCCGCCGGUUUGAACGCUGGCUACGUUGGCAAUGGGAACGCGGGGAACGCGAUCGACUCGAAGAACGGUGUGCCGAUGCCUUUCCCUGGUAUGACCACCGCCGGUGUAAACGGAACUGGGCCAGGUGGUUAUGCUGGGAUGCAAAAGGGCCAGCCGGAGAACGCUGGUCUACCGAAGAAGUUUCAAAGCGAUGGUAUGUUCAACGCGUAUCAACCGUGGGUGAUCAAAACGUACGGCGAUUUGGCGAAGACCAAGACCAUUACGAUCAAGAAGUACGCGCGUAUACUGCGGACACUGAGGGGCGAGGAAGUGAACAGUGCGGAGAACAGCAAGUUUCGGUUCUGGGUGAAGAGCAAGGGCUUCCACAUCGGCCAGCCGGAAGGAUACGACGCGAAGCCGGCCGACAGGAUUAUCGGCCGUCACGCGGUGACGAGUCCCGGAUUGGAUCCACCGCUCUACGUGCCCACACAGCUGCCGCACAACAAGACAUUAAACGGCGCCGAGGGUACCGUUCCACCCGGAAGAGUGUACAAGAAAGUCGCCAUCGUGGAGAACUUCUUCGACAUUAUUCAUGCUGUCCAUGUUGACCUUGAGGGUCGUCCAGGGAAGCAUGCCGGUCAAAAGAGAACGUACAGGACGAUCACGGAAACGUACGCGUUCCUACCUCGGGAGGCGGUAACGCGAUUUCUUUUGGGCUGCACGGAAUGCCAACGACGGCCGCGCACCCCGAGCCCCACGAAUCUAUCCAAUCAACCGCAGCCGACGUCGGCGACGCCGUUGACGACGAGCACGCUAACGUCAACGGCGACGCCAUUAAGCCCCAACACUCUCACCACCGCGUCGACGACGUCGGUGCAAAGUAGCCCUAAGCUGCGCGAGGGAAAUCACAACGGCGAGGGCAAGCCUCUGUACAGUUACAGACACCAAAGGCAUCAAAAGGGGAGCACCGGCAACAACGCUGUUUCGACGUCGACGACGACAACGACGACAACGACGUCGUCAUCGACAACGACCACCACGUCGACGCAGGAGAAAGCCGAUAAGGAGAAGGAGGAGAAGUACAAUCCCUUGAGUAUCACGAAUUUGCUGAAGAAGGAGCCGGUAGCCGGCAGCUUUUUGCCAAGCGCGGACUCGCUGCCCGACUCGAGGAGGACCCCGGAGUCGGACCGGGCGAGCUCGAGAAGUUCAGCCUCGUCCAAGAGGAAAAGGAUGCUGCCAGAGGGUCGUACGCCGUCUCCUCAGCCCAGCCAACCGUUGCCAAGGCCGUGGAGCCCUGGACUCGAUCCCAAGAACACGCCCAUCGACUACAGUCUUCCCAUCACUACCUCGUACCUGAAACAUCAGCAGAGGCUGCUGCAGCAGCAGGCGGAGAAAAACAAGGCGGCCGCUAUCAAGGAGACCGAGCUCGAGCAGAAAGUGGCCGCCGCGAUUCUGCCGCCUGACGAGAUCGUCGACACCGUCGAGAGGGACAGAUACUCCCCGGCCACCGGGCUGAUCGACACGAAUCUCAAUCUAUUGGCCACCAUUCAACACCUUCACUGCCAAGUGAUGCUGGCCCUGACAGAGAGGCUCAGACCGUCGAUAACCAUGCCAAGUCCCCUGGUCUUGCCCACGGCGGCCAACGUGCUGACCAACGGGAUGAUGAUCGGUUCCGAGGUGUCGGUGCAAACCGGCGAGAACCGCACGUGAGAGAAGAAAGACCAGUCGCGAAAGAUAUGGAAGAAUCCUGGACUCUUCUAUUGAUUCUUCCCCGCUACUCCGUUGGCAAAGUUGCGCCGCGAACGCGCGCGUUUUUGUUACACGAGACCGACCGGGAUGAUACGAUGGACACGUAUCCGUUCCCGAUCGGAUGUGUUGAGUAUGAGAAAUAUAGUUUUCUAUGUAUUAUGUUAUAUGUGGAUGGAGGGACAAGUUAAGUGGAAGCUUGAUCGACAUCUAAUCUCGAUCUUGUACGCUAUCGUACGCCUGACUGGAUUACCUAAAUACACGGUUCGGACAUAGGAAGAAUCUUUCCGACCAUUUCACUUUUUUGUCAAAUUUGGUUAAGAAGAACAGUAACUCGCAGACUUUAUUUUUAUUCGUUUAUUAUGUCGCAAGCAUCGGUCCUGUGUGUGUUACGAUAGUGGAAAAAAAAAGGAACUGAAUCCAAUGGUGACAGAUGACACAAAGAGAGAAAUCAACUAGUUGCAUAUUCCUGCAAUCGAAUUGAUAAAUUUCAGAUCAACCGAUGAAAAAAUUGCGCGAGGACACUCGAAGAAACAGAGGAAUUGUUAGAGACUGUGUCGACGAUUCUCCUUUACUUUCAAUUGAUCGAAUAAGGGAUUCUUUUUCAAGAUUUCUGUACAUUUCUAACGUAUUCGGUAAUACCCGAUCGGUAGAUAUUGGACUCAUCCAGCAUGCACACCGAUCCGGCUCGUGUUCUUCCACGAGAAAGAGAGAGAGAGAGAGAGGGGGAGAGAACGGUUAACGCGGCCAAUAUCCGAUCCUAGCUGCCAUUCAAACUAUCGGCUAACGCGAUCAUCUAUUAAACCGGAUAAGAUCAAUUACUUGGUCGGCGUCGUGGCGUCAACGUCAGUUAAAGUCGGGAUCGGAGGGGGGAGGAGGAGGCUGGGAUCGGAUCUCGUUUCGCGCGCGCUCGAUAUAGACGGCGAAACGAGACGAAUUAUUCGUGAGUCUGUCAAAAUAUGGGUCGGCUCUGUCGCGCGUUGUCGAUUUAUAGAGGAAACGACCGCAACCUGAACAGCACCGCGGGGCCCUUCUACCGUGUUCGAUAUUUUGAGAUCUGACUCUCGAACGCGAUUCGCUCGUUAAAAACACACACAUGUAUAC